UCCAAAGGCUCAGGCCUAGAGACUGGACUCUGAUCUCCAGAGCACCAGAAAGGUGAAGGCUGGAACCUGAGUUGCUGUUUUCUGUUUUCUGGGGCAGAGGUGAUUGGCAGCCUUGUUGUGAAACAGCCCCUCUCCCACAGGGUGGCUGAGCCAUAGAAAUGGGCUCCUAAUGCUGCAUCUGUUGUCCAUCGUGCUACUGACUGGGCUGCUGGUCGCUGUUCUUGUUCAAGGUUUCAAGAGCCCUAGCUCCCUAGAGAAUGAGAAAAUCUACAAACAAUUGAUGCAGCUGAAGGUUGUAGUGGACAGCCUUUGCCUUCCUUGCCCUUGGGAUUGGAAAUUUUUCCAUGGAAAGUGUUACUUCUUCUCCAAGUCUCAGCGUACCUGGAAUGAUUCUGCCACUGCCUGCCAGGAAGUAGAGGCCCAACUAGUCAUCAUUGAUAAUGACGAAGAACAGACAUUUCUGAGUGUGAUUUCUGAGAAUGAAGUAUCUGUCUGGCUGGGUCUCUCCUAUGUGAAAGAAGAAGGCAUUUGGAAGUGGGUUGAUCACUCACCCAUGGAUGACAGAUUCAAGAAGUAUCAGAGGGGAAAUCAAAGUGAAACUGAAGUCUGUGCAGAAGUUACAGAAGGCUUAUGGACUGCUGACAGAUGUGACCUUAAUAAAUUUUGGAUCUGUGAGAAGUCUGCAGCCCCUUGUCCGGCAAGUAAAGUCUGAUCUUUCUACAGUCCUUGAAGCUGGAUAUCCCUGCAGUCCCUCAUGUUGUGGUGACCUGGAAAAUAUAAUUAUUGCUACUUCAUAACUAAUUUUGCUUCUGUUAGGAAUCGUAAUGUAAAUAUCUGAUAUGCAGCUUCUUGUGGGGAUCACGACCCACAGGUUGAGAACCAUGGCCCAGUGGCAUUGGAUCAUUUAUAUACUUCCACCAGUGUUUCCAUAUGUUGUACAGUAAUUUCUACCCUAGAAUCACUGAGACUUUAGGAGAACGUCAGGGUAUACAUAUGCUUCAGCAGUUAGGUGUACUUGCUGCUCUUGUAGCCGACAGGGUCUCAUGAACUUCUGGAUCAGUAUAAUAGAGUUCUGGAGGCUCUUGCAGAGGACAAGGGAUUCAAAACUACCUGUGACUCCAGCUCCAAAGGAUCUUGCAGUGCCUCCUGGACCCUGUGGGUAUCUGCACUUAGGUGCACAUAUCUACAAAAAGUCAUACAUACACACAUAAUUAAAAAUAAAUGUUAAAUAUUUUUCUACAAAGACACAGGAAGUUCUAUAGGGAGCCUCGUAAACACUUAGGAAGAAAAAACAGUGCACAAGUCUCAUGAAUUCCCUGAAACUUACCAGACUGACAAGGGGCCACCCUCCCUAAAAUUAUAUAAAGAGCAGUGAGGAAUGCCUAGAAGAGGAAACUUUCUGGUCUGUGGAGCUGCCUACAUGUUACAGAGUUUGUGAGUUAUCACUUAUGUGCUAGCACAGCAGUCUUUGGGUCCUCUUUCUUCAUGUAAGCCACUCUCUAUCCACACCACUGUAGUAACCCCAAUAAACUUACUGGUUCACAAACUGCACUCUGGGGAUAUCCUUACCAUUGUCAGUUCUGUUUGAAGGGCGGGAAUACAACUUCUCAAGACUCCUCAGGAAGAGUGUUACAUAGCACCAGGUUCUCCUCGGCUCUGAGGGUGUGGUUGUGAGACAUCUUUGCAUGUGGGAUGCAUACAGCAGCUGGGCAUAUUCUAUUAUUCUACUAUCUCCUUGGAGGUGCCAGAAAUUUUUUUCUUCCUUUCUUUCUUUAUUUAUUUUAUUAAAAAUUUCUACCUCCUCCCCUCCUCCCAUU